GGGUAAUCUUGCCGACAGAGUGCACCUCACCUGAGCUGACACCUUUUAGUAGUUGGCUGGGAAGCAACACACACUGAAGCUGGCUGGAUGAGAAUCAUCAUUUAGGAAAAACUGAAGAAAGAGAUCUUUGGAUGAAUGCAGCUUUAAAGACAUAAGCAUGAGUGAACACUUGGGAGAAGGUUUCAGUGGGUCUUCCCCUUCAGACCUACGCCUUAUUCUCUUGGGGAACAUCGGGUGCGGGAAGACGGCAUCAGCAGACACCAUCCUGGGUCAGCUGUCUCCUGUCUCCCCCACCUCCUCUAGGAGUUGCAAACUGAGACAGGGCUUUGCUGAGGGCAGGAGCGCAACCCUUGUGGAGGCACCAAGAUUUUACUGGAAUGGCUUCAACAUGGAGGAUAGCGUCAGAAAGGAGACCGAGCGGGCCAUGACCUUGGUGGCACCAGGCCCACAUGCUGUUCUGCUGCUGGUGCCUGUAUGCCAGUUCACAGAGAUAGAAGGUCGAGUGCCUACAGAGCUGGAAAAGUUGUUUGGGAUUGAGGUGCUGGAUCACACCCUGGUGUUACUGACAUGUGGAGACUAUUUGAUGGGAAAAACAGUGGAGGAGUACCUGCAGAAAGAGCACCCAGGCCUGAGGCAGGUCAUUGAGCGCUGCGGAGGGAGGUACCACGUCUUUAACAACCGCCAGCGACAGAACAAAGAGCAGGUUCAGGAACUGCUGGAGAAGGUGGAUAACAUGGUGGAGAGAAGCGGGGUAUAUCACAAAAAAACAGCCCAGGAGACAGAGCUGGAGAAACGGGUGCUGGAGCGAAAACGAGAGCUGAUGGAAAAUUUCAGAGUUCAGAGGGUGGAGAAAAAAAAGCCUGUCGUGACGAAGAGCGUCCCAAACACAAACACCUUCGAUAGGCGAGAGGAGUCCAUCAGAGAGAGAGAAGAGAGAAGAAGAGAAUAUGAGGAUGAAAUAGAGGGAAGAGUAGCUGAGACUCAAGUUCCUAACAGGCUUUUUUCAACUCCAGCAGCUGAGCAGCCCUCAUAUUCAGAGCCAGAGGAUGACAAGCAGUUAACCAGGACACCCUGUUUCAGACUGAAUGCAGAUGGAGCCAUACUCUCACAGAUUUCUGAAGCUAAACCAAAGCCUAAACUGAUCUCCACUUUUCAUCACAGAAUCGACAGUUUUGAAGAGAAUUCCCCUGAGACGUCACCCACCUCGUCUCCUCAUUCUCCUGUCUUCUCCUCCUCAUUCUCUGCGGCAACCGCCUCUCGUUCAUCGCCAUACCAGUCCUCCUCACCCCCUUCAUCUCCAUCUCUGCUGUCAUCCACCCCUGAGCUUCGUCUGGUCUUGCUUGGUCGAUCCGGAGCGGGAAAGAGUGCAGCUGGCAACAGCAUCCUGGGACAGGAACUGUUUGAGUCCCGUUCAGAGAGCUUCACAACCAUCACUCAGAAGUGUGAGAAAAAGAAGGCAGUGGUUGAAGGAAGAAGGGUGUCUGUGGUGGACACACCUGAUUGGUUCAAAUCAGAGAAGACUCCAGAUGAAGUGAGUGCUCAGAUCUCUUCAUGCGUUGCUUUGUCCAGCCCCGGUCCUCAUGCCUUCCUCCUGUGCGUACCAGUAGACCAGCUGGCAAAGUCUGAGCUUUUGGCACUCACGGCGCUUGAGACGGUUUUUGGCCCAGAGGCAGUCCAGAAGCACACUGUGGUCCUCUUUACAUAUCUAGAUCGACUGAGGACAAGCGGGAAAACAGGAGGAAAGAGCGUGGAGGAAUACAUUGCCAGCCAGAGGGGGGAUUUGGUGAGGCUGGUGGAAAAAUGCAGGGAUAGGUUUCACUUGAUGGAGAAGGGAGAAGGUCAGAGUCAGAAACAGAACGUGGCAGACCUGCUAGAGAAGGUGGAGCAGACGGUGAAGGAAGCUGGAGGACAGUGUUAUUCUAGUCCUGCUUUUCAGGAGGCGGAGGAACGAGUGAGGCAGAGACAGUUGGAGAUAGCAAGGGAAAAAAAAGGCAUAAAGCCAGAGCUAGCAGGAGAUGCUGGGCAGCUCAGCGAUGUGCGACAACCUCUAACACAAAUAAACGAGGAGAUGACAGAGGAUGAAAUUGGGAACACAAGGGAUGAGGCAGAGAUGAGUGUAAGCAAAAAUAAUCUAGAGAGCCUUCCACCUAUUACUCUUUCCACCAUGUCACCCUCACUUCUCCGUUCUAUGAUGGAGAAAAUGGAGUCCAGUGCAAAGAUGUUACCCAAACUACUGGCAAACAGCUCAACGUGGGUAGGGGAGGGAGCAAAACAAGUGAUGCAUAGUCCAGUGUGGGGAAAAGUUGGCAGUGGUGCUCAGAAUGUCCAAAAAAUGGUUGUGGACAGUUCUGUGUGGGAAAAGGUGGGAGCUUCUGCGGCACAAGUAUCCAAAGCUGUGGAAAAUAGGGUUCCCCAAAAGGUGGUGGAUGGUUCUGCAUGGGUGGGAUCUGGUGCAAAAGCAGUGACGGCAAGUCCAAUUUGGGAAAAAGUGGGUUCAGGGGCCAAACUUGUGGCCAAACAAGCAAACAAUAUGGCCAAGAGCCCCAUCUGGGGGAAGGUGGGUUCUGGUGCCAAAACUGGAGCUAAACUGAUGGCAGAUGGUUCAGUGAAGGUUGGGGCUGGGAUCGGUACUGGUGCAAAGAAGAUGGCACAGAGUCCUGUCUGGGGAAAGAUGAGUUCAGGAAUAAAAGAGGGGGCCAAAAGGGUUUCAGAGAGCUCAGUGUGGGAAAAAAUGGGGGAUGCUGCCAAACAAGUGCCGAAGAUGGUAAUUGUUGGUGCGAUUCUGGGACUGGUGCUCGGGGUGAUUUUGGCAGGGCUGAUUGGUGGGGCUGUUGGGACAGCUGCAGGAUCUGCAGUAAGUGAGGUGGCCCGGCGGAAAUUCAACAAGAGAAACACAUUGGAUGGAACAAGAAACACUGACAUAUCAGUAAACAACAGCAUCGAUGACAGGAAACCCAUGAAAACAGAAUAAAGGACUGAAAUAGGUCAUUCAUGCAACAUUUACAACAAAUUAGAUAUAUUCAAAAAUGAUUUGUUGUGCAAAUUAAGAAGUCUAAUUCUGAUCUUGAUAUUAAAAAGAAAUUGUGUUUAAUUUUGUGACCAUAAUAAAAGUCUUACAAUUA